AUGUUACCUUCGACAAAUUUUUCCGCCGCAUUGUCCGAAGCUCCGCCGCUUGACGAUAAGGCCGCCGAAUCCAGCACGCAAGCGCAGAACAAGUAUUUUUAGCUCCUGUUAUGAUAUGUACUCUCUUAGCUGCUGCUCCUUGUUCAUCUAUUGAUAUCGAUUGUUUUUUUAGUCUAAAAGUGGCCGAAGCUGCAGAUACAUAAACCUUCAGGGUUGAAGGGUUUUUAAGCUAGCAGGGCUCCCAUUUUGAAUUGAAACGCAAGCUGGAAAAGUGCGUCCAGCCAAAAAUUGUUUCCCUUUUAUUUUGUGGUUCUCGACGAAAAUAAGAAAGUCGACGCAGACCGAUGCAUAGUACGUGACUGCUGUGAUAAUAUUACAUCAUCCCACAACUCUACAGAUCCGCCAUAUUACCUGAGGAUGCGUGGAUUGCGAAGCUGAAUGAGGACAGGAAAAAUGCAUACUUCAAGUUUGAAUGGAUAUGGAGCGCGUCUCCACCGCCUGUUGACGCAACAAAUAAGAUAUCUUCGGCUGCCGGACAGCAAGCACCGUCUGGCGCCGCAGCGGAGCAUGUUGACAGAAGCAAGAAGCGAAAACGCGACGACCAAGAAGCUGGCACUGUGGACGACCACAGAAAUGGCGACACGAAAAAGAAAAAACGAGAAAAAGGAAAAGACGGUGCAGCUGUGGUUUUAGCAGGUGCUGGUGACGAUGGUGGAGAAAACGCGGCAGCGAAAAAAAGAAAGCACUCUAAAAAGGAGCGAAAAGACAGCAGUGCCAACAUCAAGGAUGGGUCUGACUCAGAUGCGGACGAGAAGAGGAAGAAGAAAAAGAAAGGCAAAAAAGCCGCGUCUUCUGAUGAGGAAGAUAGUGAAGAUAGUGCUGACAGUUCAGCUUCAUCUUCAAGCGACCGCAAAAAGAAGAAAAAAAGCAAAAAAAAGAAAAAAACCAAGAAGGCAAAGGACAGCAAGAAAAAGAAGAGUAAAAAGAAGAAGAGAAAACGCGCCUCGUCCUCCUCUAGCAAUGCAAGCGACAGUGACGUGGCAUCUUCGAAGAAUUCUUCUGACGACAGCGAUGAGGACGACAGCAACGGAUCCGACUCGGGCAGUGAGGUGGACCUCGAUCCGCGGCUGCUGCCGAAGGUUCUCGACUGGCGAGAAAAGGAGAGCGUGACCGCCGAGGAGGCACUUGAAGCCAGGAAGCCGGGCAAUAACAGCGGCAAGAGCAUAUCGCGAUAAAAAAUGUCCCCCCGCCACAUACUGAGCGACAGAUUUUUUCUCACAUGCUGCGUAGUGCAAAAAGCAACUUUUGCAUCACAAAGAAAGAACGCCCCGCAGCCGCUUUCUCACGAGAGUUAAUAUGUGCGGGCAUUUUCCUGAAUCAUAAAUUAAGUAUGCCGAUCCGGCGGGCACGCGUGCCGCGCCCCCAUGUUUCUCUUGCCGACAUUAUUUGUAUCGCGGUGGGAGCUCCGCACUAGAAAAACUUACAUUUGGUAUGUCGCUGCAAAACACGUCCUUGCCUCCAAAUUUUAAUUUGGAUGGCAAGGUUAUGCUUAUGCUUUAUGUUUUGUUCUUGCCACCACAGUUCCCCUCCUCUCCCAGCUCAGUGUUGCGUGCACGACACAAAAUAUCGGGCCGCAAAGAUUUUUAUUUUUUCGUCUGGUAGUGGCAGUGGGGACUGUUUCAUUUUGAUAGAUGAAGGGGAGCAACCAGUCCGGCGCCGUCGCGGGAGCAGGCGGGAACGCCGCCGAAGACGAUGAGUCGGACAGCUCGGACUUGGAAAACCCCGGGCCGCAGAUGAGCCGCGAGGAGAGGGAAAUCCAGAGCCAGAGCUUCAAUUACGGGCACGCGCUGCUGCCGGGCGAGGGCGCCGCCAUGGCCCAGUUUGUGCAGAACAAGCAGCGGAUCCCGCGGCGUGGGGAGGUGGGUAUCUCCCACGAGCAGAUCGAGGGCCUGGAGAAUCUGGGCUACGUCAUGUCCGGUAGUCGUCACAAACGCAUGAACGCGGUGCGUCUCCGGAAAGAGAACCAAAUCUAUACGGCGGAGGAGCAGCGAGCGCUGGCUUUGUUCAACUACGAAGAAAAGCAGGAGAAGGAAAAGGAGACCAUCGCCGGACUCAAAGACAUGCUUUCGAAGCGCCAGGAAGAAAUUCACGACGAAAAGACCGCCAUCGACCAGCUUGCAAAGUCGUUCGGCAAGGCCGACUGAUCGAUUGAUCGCUCUAGUAACGAUGGUUGCAGCUGCAGCUGUGGUGCUGCCGCAAACAGACUUCUCUCUGGUUCUGCCGCGCGGCAAGAAAAAGCAAACAGUUCAGUACACACUAGACCUGGAGCAAUGACAUCAAUGUGUAGGAGGUAAAGGUUUACAUUCAUAGAAUGGACGACAAGAAUGAUAAUGAUACAUCAAGGCGAGGAGCUUGAAUCCGCACCGCAACGUGUGGCGCGUUCUUUUUGGAAGAGGC